GGCGCUGCCUAAGGAAACUGGCGAAAAACCAUCGACCAGCUUCGAAAAGGCAAAGUCUGUGAUAUCUCACGCAUCCAGUCGAGCAUCUAGCAGAUCCUCGCAAUCUCUUGCCAAGCUGAAGCUGCAGAAGCUCGAAGAGGAGAGGAUCCUGAACGCGAAGAAGCUGGAGCAAGAACAAGCCUACCUGGAGGAGAAGUAUAGGCUGCUGGAGGAGAUGGUUAGUGAGAGAGGAUCUGAUGUUAACAGCGUGUCGGAUGCUGUAAGCGAAUGGCGUCCCCGAGCGCAAUCGAGUCACCGCUCGCAGCAGGGAGAUCAGCGGUCAGCCCAACACGAACCUUUUGAUCUUGGCGCCAAUUCCCCGGGCAACCUCAGAUGUAGGUCAUUCGUUGAAGAACAACGCAGCGUGCACCGAGAAGUCCCACACUUCGUCAACCGUGUUACAGAACGUGAAGAAGAUUGCUGCCCGUUAACCAAGAAGCAGUUGGCGGCCCGGCAGGCUGUUUCUAAGGAUCUGCCCCAGUUUUCCGGCAACCCCGAGGAUUGGCCGUUAUUCAUAGCGACGUUCAACAACACCACGGCAAUGUGCGGCUUUACGAACGAAGAGAACAUCUUCCGACUGCAGAAAAGCCUCAAAGGGCGAGCCUUCGAAGCAGUGAAGAGCCGUCUAGUACAUCCUUCGAACGUUCCCGGUGUGCUCAAGACCCUGAGAAUGAUGUUUGGGCAGCCAGAAGCCAUCGUGCACACACUCAUAGAAAAAAUCAACUCCCUGCCGGCCAUAAGAGAAGAUAAGCUGGAAACUCUGGUGGACUUCGCCGUAAAUGUGGAGAAUUUUUGUGCGACCGUGGACGCCUGCGGCCUAGAUGAAUAUCUGUACAACACCACCCUCCUACAUCAGCUUGUGAGCAAGUUACCUCCCACGAUCAAGCUAAAUUGGGCGCAGUACAGGAUUUCUCUGCCCGGAGUCAACCUAGCAGCAUUUAGCACCUGGAUGUAUUCUCUCGCCGAAGCUGCCAGUGCAGUGAAUAUUCCGUCCAUCACGAAUACACGACCAAUGCGGUGCGACAGCCGUAAUACAAAAAAGGCCUUCGUAAACGCUCAUUCCGAGAGCACUUCGGCGGAACCACGCCCAUCGAAUCCUCCGAGUGGAAAGAAUCCCAGCCCAGGCGGCGACUGUAUCGUUUGCAAGGGCACUUGUAAGACAGUAGAAAAAUGCAAGCGCUUUCUUGACUAUUCCCGAGACACACGUUGGGCUGUAGUUCGAGACUUUGCACUGUGUCGUCGCUGCCUCUGCCGUCACAAUGGAUUAUGCCAGGCUAAGCUAUGCGGUAAGAACGGAUGUCAGUUCAAGCACCAUGCGUUGCUGCACAACGAUCAAAAACAGCCAUCGUCAGCUACUCCGGUAGCGCCAUCCUCUUCAACAGCAGUGUCUUCAGCGGCGGAAACUAACGAAUCCCCAAAGGCCGGCUCCAGCUCAACAGCGCACGGUUGCCACACGCACCAGACUAAAUCAAGCGACGUACUGUUUCGCUACCUUCCGGUAGUGUUGCACGGUAAACACCGAUCGAUCCGUACAUACGCCUUCCUUGACGAUGGCUCCGAUCUUACGUUACUCGAUGAAGAGCUAGCCGAUGAACUAGAACUGGAUGGGGAAGUACGAUCGCUUUGUCUGCACUGGACCGGUGGCACUCAACGGCAAGAAGUGAAGUCCAAGAUCGUUGAACUGGAGAUAGCCGGUGUUCACAGUGGAGCUAGAAGUUUCGCUAUCAGCGGUGCACGCACAGUGAACGAGCUUCUUCUGCCGUACCAGACCCUGAACAUCGAUGAACUGUCAACGCUAUAUCCACACCUGCAAAGACUUCCAAUCGAUUCGUACCGAAAUGUCCGACCGCGGAUUCUGAUUGGACUCAAGAACCAACAUCUCAGUCUCGCUCUGAAGUGCCGCGAAGGGAAGCCGAAGGACCCUGUCGCCAUUAAAACCCGUUUAGGCUGGACAGUGUGUGGCGGAGAAACAUCAGAGUCUGCAACCAGCCCAGUGCACUCUGUCUACCACAUUGGAUCCUGCGAAGACCACAACAAGGCAGAUGAGGAUCUACACCAGGUUAUCAAAGACUACUUCGCGCUAGAUAGCUUGGGGAUCAUGAAACCGAUCAGAGCGCUUCUUUCCGUCGAUGAUCAGCGCGCGCAGUCUCUUCUCCAGUCGUUGACGAAAUUCACGGGGGAACGCUACGAAACCGGUCUGCUUUGGCGUCACGAAACCACUCGUUUACCGGACAGUCAAGGAAUGGCUCAUCGUCGGUUCCAGUGCCUCGAAAAACGCAUGAGCAAGGACGACACGCUUGCCAAAACGUUGAGGGAAAAGAUGGCGGAUCACCUGGCCAAAGGCUACGUACGAAAACUAUCCGAUGACGAGCUGCAGCAAGCUUUUCAACGCGUUUGGUAUCUCCCAGUGUUCCCGGUAACUAACCCAAACAAACCAGGGAAGGUGAGAAUAGUUUGGGAUGCGGCAGCCAAGGCUUUCGGAGUAUCAUUGAACUCCGCUUUAUUGAAGGGUCCUGACAAUCUUUCUUCGUUGUUCACCGUGCUGAUCCGCUUCCGUGAGCAUCCCGUAGCGCUGACAGGUGAUAUACGUGAGAUGUUUCACCAGGUUCGCAUUCAAAAAGACGAUCAACAUUGCCAGCGAUUCUACUGGAGAGACGAAGAUGGAAAAACAGCUGUAUACGUCAUGUGCGUCAUGACAUUUGGCGCUUGCUGUUCCCCUAGCAGUGCACAGUACGCAAUGAAUCUGAACGCCAAGCGCUUCGAUAAAGAGUAUCCAGAAGCUGUGGAAGUCAUCGAGAAGCAGCACUACGUCGAUGAUAUGCUCGUGAGCGUCGACACCGAGGAGGAGGCUAUUAAACUCGCGGAGGAUGUCAGAUUUGUGCACUCGCAGGGCGGGUUCGAAAUCCGAAACUGGACCAGUAAUUCGCAACGUGUAUUAGAAGCUCUUCGCAGCAGUAACGCCGAGGAGAAGAGUUUGGACCUCUCGCCAGAAAUGACGGCCGAAAAGGUGCUUGGGAUGUGGUGGUGUACAGCUACCGACGUUUUCACCUACAAAGUCGGUUGGGACCGCUACGACCAAGAUUUGUGGGAAGGUCUCCGUCAACCUACGAAACGGGAAGUCCUCCGAGUCCUUAUGACGAUAUUCGACCCCCUUGGGCUCAUCGCGCCCUUCCUAAUGUUUCUCAAGAUCCUGCUGCAAGAAAUCUGGCGAAGUGGCAUCCAGUGGGACGACCGAAUCGACGACAACGCCUUCACCAAGUGGCGUAGUUGGCUGCAGGUCCUGCCCCAAGUCGAGCAUGUCCAAAUACAACGAUGCUUCCGCUCCCACUUGAAUCCUGCAUACGACGACGUGCAACUACACACCUUCGUUGAUGCGAGCGAAAACGGCAUGGCUGCUGCAUGCUUCCUGAGAUUCGUCCGGAAUGAAGUCGUCUGGUGCUGUCUAGUAGCCGCCAAAACAAGAGUAGCUCCCUUACGAUAUCACUCGAUUCCGAGACUCGAGCUCAUGGCAGCGGUUAUUGGUACAAGACUAUCCCAAACAGUUAUUGAUUCCUUGACCUUCAACGUCAGCAAGCGGUUCUACCACUCGGAUUCCAGGGACGUCAUCUGCUGGCUGUAUUCGGACCACCGUCGCUAUACACCUUUCGUUGCCUGCCGAGUCAGCGAGAUCCUGGAGACUACAGAGCAGUAUCAAUGGCGCUGGGUCCCGACAAAGCUCAAUGUGGCAGACGACGCAACGAAAUGGGAGAAAUUUCCAGACAUGACUCCAGAGUCGAGGUGGUUCAUCGGCCCGGACUUUCUGCGGCUGCCAGAAGAAGCGUGGCCAUGCCAAUCAAUGAAGGGUAGCAAGACAGAUACCGAACUUCGUCCACGUCUGCUGACUCACUUUACCUUGCCGGACCCCGCAAUCAACGUCUCCAGCUGGAAGCGGAUGCUAAAGGUAGCCACACUAGUUCAUCGUUUCCCUGCAAACUGCCGAUUAAAGAAGCAACGGAAACCUAUCCUUCGUGGUCCUCCAUCCACAGAGGAACUCCAGCUUGCUGAGCGCUACGUAAUCAGACAAGCACAACGCGAAGCCUACCCGGAGGAAACAGCUACUCUUCAGCACCCGUCGAAAUCCAUCCCCAAGACUAGCUCUCUCUACAAACUAACCCCAUGGCUGGACGACCAUGGGUUGAUGCGGAUGCGAGGAAGAAUUUCUGCCUGUGCCCAAGCCAUCGAAGACUCCAAAAAUCCGAUCAUCCUUCCACGUGACCACCACACCACCAAACUCAUAAUCGCACAUUACCACAACAAAUACAACCACCAGAACCAUGAAACCGCAAUAAAUGAACUCCGCCAGAGGUAUUGCAUUCCUCGGCUUCGAGCGACCUACGCGAAGGUACGCUACAAUUGCCAACACUGCAAAAACAAUCGUGCCGUUCCGCAACCUCCAAUGAUGGCUGAACUGCCUCCAGAGCGACUUGAUGCCUUCGCUCGACCCUUCACCAAUAUUGGCGUCGACUACUUCGGGCCAAUGGAAGUCGUCGUGGGCCGCCGAGUAGAAAAACGAUGGGGAAUGUUGAUCACGUGCCUAACCACACGCGCGAUUCACAUCGAAGUGGUGCAUACGUUAAGUACCGACUCAUGCAUCAUGGGACUCCGCAACUUUGUAGCACGCCGUGGUACACCGAGGACGAUCUACAGCGAUCGCGGGACCUGCUUCAUCGGAGCGAGCCGUGAAUUGGGAGAAAUUGAAGCAGCGAUAAACCAAGAGGAGCUGAUGAAGGAGUUUGGUGGAACUGAAACGACCUGGAAGUUCAACCCCCCGGCGUCGCCACACAUGGGUGGCAGCUGGGAACGCUUGAUAGGCAUCGUUAAGCGUAACCUGAUGACAAUUCGGCCCCCACAUAAGCCCAACGACGAAGUGCUACGAAACCUUCUAGCCGAGAUCGAACACACCGUCAAUUCUCGGCCUCUGACGCACGUACCGGUUGAUGACGAAUCUUCACCCGCUCUCACUCCUAAUCACUUUCUCCUGGGUUCAUCUGAUGGAACGAAGCCAUUAAGUACUCUAGACGACACCGGAGUGACACUUCGGCGGACCUGGAAGAUGUCUCAACAGCUGGCCAACCAAUUCUGGAAGCGUUGGUUGACCGACUACUUGCCGGAAAUUACGCGCAGGACGAACUGGUAUGCUGACACGAAGCCAAUCGCAAUUGGUGACGUGGUGGUGAUUGUCGACCCGAAGCUGCCCCGCAACUGCUGGCCUAAGGGUAAAAUCAUCGCCACCAGCGUUAGCCCCAAGGACAACCGGAUCAGAUCGGCAACCGUGCAGACCGCGACUGGGAUGUUCGAACGACCAACAGCUAAGCUUGCAGUAUUAGAUGUACGGCGCGACGAAUCGUAAGCCGAUUUCACAAUCGGCGUACCCGGGGGGAGUGUUGCGUACGCCCCUGGCGUAGAUGCGCACCGUCCGAUCCAAUUACCAUAUCAACUCUCGCACACCAGCGCACUCAGGUAAUGUACGCCACCUUUACCCUUUGUAGACAGUGGUCAAGCGACGAUCCAAUGCAUUGUUGAAAAAGAUAAUGAUCGAUCAAUGUGAAAGCGCCUAUCUAGCCAAUCUUGCGUGCAGUUGCAUUAGUUUGUUGUUUAUUAGUGCUUUAAUUGAAGUGCAAUUAUUAUUAAAUCUAAUUUGCUAACUACAGAAAUCCCAAUUAGGUAAUGUUUUAUCUCUUAAGUCGCGUAAAGUGAAUUACAAACAUAGAAUUUUCUCUACAGUGUUCGCCCUUACAAAAGUGAAUUUGUAUAACCUGAAAUCUAAAGUCCUAUACCUACAUGCAAAGUACGGACAUUAGUACGGAAAGUUGCAGUGAGCGCAUUUGUAACAAGUAAUUUCAGUGAAGCUGAAAACCUCGCGUGACCUUUGGUGACAAGCAUAGCACAACGGGACUAAACGUGAGUUAAAAUGUCCAAAACUUAUUAUUGUGAACCUAACACUAAACAUGAACAAUUUAAGAAAAAUUAUUAUUGUACAAACACUAAUAGAACUAUCAUGCAAAAUCCAUAUUUCAGGAAUAAAAUAAUACCCUAUUUAAGAACGUAAAUCCUACGUCUCCGGUCGUUCUGGUAUUAUUAAUUCGGAAAUCAACCCGUGCCGUUAUAUGUUGGCAACUUCCAACA